AUGGCUGGGGAACAGGUCUUGUUGAAGGCCUUACCCAUAAAAGGUGUGAUAAAAUUUAGGAAGAAGGGCAAGCUCAGUCUUAGGUUCAUCAGUCCAAUUGAGAUUAUUAGCCGUGUGGGGGAGGCAGCCUAUGAGUUGGCAUUGCCUCCAGGUUUAUCGAGUGUUCAACCGGUGUUUUAUGUCUCUAUGUUAAAGAAAUAUCAUGGUGACAGUUCUUACAUUAUUCGUUGGGAUUCAGUCUUGUUGGAUGAGAACUUGUCUUAUGAGGAGGGGCCUAUUGAUAUCUUAGAUAGAGAGGUUCAUAACUUGAGGUCUAAGGAGAUAGUGUCAGUGAAGGUCCAAUGGAAGAAUCGUCGAGUUCAUGAAGCUACUUGGGAGACCUAG